UGAUACAUGUGCAAAAUUCCAGUCUCCCUGUCACAGUGCACUCUUCUUCUCCGUAGAAAGAACGCAGCCUUGGGCAUGCUCACUGCAGUACCCUUGCAUUUCUGCUGCCUUGUGCUCCAUGAUUUUCAUUUGCUAAGCACAGAGGACAUUAAUGAUGAAAGAAGUGUGAGCUGGAGAAAAGCAUAGAGCUGAUGCAAAGCAGAGAGCUGAUGAAUGUUGGAGGAGCAUUGGUCCCCUCUUUGGAAAGCAUGGAAGGGGAUUGUGAGUUUAUGUUCAAAAGAAAGCCUUUCUGCCACCCAGCAGACACCAAAACGCCUUCACAACAGAAAGCCCCUAGAUGAGUAUGAAGAAGAUGGAUUCUGUCAGCCAUACAGAGGGAUUGCAUGUGCAAGAUUUAUUGGCAACCGCACUGUCUAUAUGGAGUCUUUGCACAUGCAAGGGGAAAUAGAAAAUCAGAUCACAGCUGCCUUCACCAUGAUUGGCACCUCCAGCCACUUAUCUGAUAAGUGCUCUCAGUUUGCCAUUCCUUCUCUGUGCCACUAUGCCUUCCCAUACUGCGACGAAACCUCAUCCAUCCCUAAGCCCCGGGACUUGUGUCGUGAUGAAUGUGAAAUCCUGGAGAACGUCCUCUGUCAAACAGAGUACAUUUUUGCUAGAUCAAAUCCCAUGAUCCUGAUGAGGCUGAAACUACCAAACUGUGAAGAUCUUCCCCAGCCGGAAAGCCCCGAAGCCGCAAACUGCAUCCGGAUUGGAAUCCCCAUGGCGGAUCCCAUAAAUAAAAAUCACAAGUGCUAUAACAGCACAGGCGUGGACUACCGUGGGACCGUCAGUGUGACCAAAUCAGGGCGCCAGUGCCAACCGUGGAAUUCGCAGUACCCUCACACGCACACCUUCACCGCUCUCCGGUUCCCGGAACUGAAUGGAGGCCAUUCCUACUGCCGCAACCCGGGGAAUCAGAAGGAGGCUCCCUGGUGCUUCACGUUGGAUGAAAAUUUUAAGUUUGACCUGUGUGACAUCCCGGCAUGUGAUUCAAAGGACUCCAAGGAGAAGAGUAAGAUGGAGAUCUUGUACAUACUGGUGCCCAGCGUCGCUAUUCCUCUGGCCGUCGCUCUGCUCUUCUUGUUCAUCUGCGUCUGCCGCAAUAACCAGAAGUCAUCGUCACCGCCAGUCCAGAGGCAACCGAAGCAUGUCAGAGGUCAAAAUGUGGAGAUGUCGAUGCUGAACGCAUAUAAGCCCAAGAGCAAGGCUAAAGAGCUGCCCCUCUCUGCUGUACGUUUUAUGGAAGAAUUGGGUGAAUGUGCCUUUGGAAAGAUCUAUAAGGGCCAUCUCUAUCUCCCAGGCAUGGACCACGCUCAGUUGGUUGCUAUAAAGACCUUGAAAGACUAUAACAACCCCCAGCAAUGGACAGAAUUUCAACAAGAAGCCUCCUUGAUGGCUGAACUACACCACCCCAAUAUCGUCUGCCUGCUGGGUGCUGUCACUCAGGAACAGCCUGUGUGUAUGCUCUUUGAGUAUAUGAACCAGGGGGAUCUCCAUGAGUUCCUUAUCAUGCGCUCCCCGCACUCUGAUGUUGGCUGCAGCAGUGAUGAAGACGGGACUGUAAAAUCCAGCCUGGAUCAUGGAGAUUUCCUGCACAUCGCAAUUCAGAUUGCAGCUGGCAUGGAAUACCUGUCUAGUCACUUCUUUGUCCACAAGGACCUUGCAGCUCGCAAUAUUUUAAUUGGAGAGCAACUUCAUGUAAAGAUUUCAGACCUUGGGCUUUCCAGAGAAAUCUAUUCUGCCGAUUACUACAGGGUGCAGAGUAAGUCUUUGCUGCCCAUUCGCUGGAUGCCCCCUGAAGCCAUCAUGUAUGGCAAAUUUUCUUCUGAUUCAGAUAUCUGGUCCUUCGGGGUUGUCUUGUGGGAGAUCUUCAGCUUUGGACUGCAACCGUAUUAUGGAUUUAGUAACCAGGAAGUGAUCGAAAUGGUAAGGAAACGGCAGCUGCUACCUUGCUCGGAAGACUGCCCGCCCCGAAUGUACAGCCUCAUGACGGAGUGCUGGAAUGAGAUUCCUUCCAGGAGACCAAGAUUCAAAGAUAUCCAUGUCCGGCUUCGGUCCUGGGAGGGACUCUCAAGCCACACCAGCUCCACUUCUCCUUCGGGAGGAAAUGCUACCACGCAAACAACCUCCCUUAGCGCCAGCCCAGUGAGUAAUCUCAGUAACCCCAGAUAUCCCAAUUAUAUGUUCCCAAGUCAGGGUAUCACACCACAGGGCCAGAUUGCUGGCUUCAUUGGCCCACCAAUACCUCAGAACCAGCGAUUCAUCCCCAUCAGUGGAUACCCAGUACCUCCGGGCUACGCAGCGUUUCCAGCCGCCCACUUUCAGCCAGCGGGUCCUCCCAGAGUGAUUCAGCAUUGUCCGCCUCCCAAGAGUCGGUCCCCCAGCAGUGCCAGUGGGUCGACUAGCACUGGUCAUGUGACCAGCCUGCCUUCUUCGGGAUCUAAUCAGGAGGCAAACAUUCCCUUACUACCACACAUGUCGAUUCCAAAUCAUCCCAGUGGAAUGGGUAUCACCGUUUUUGGCAACAAAUCUCAAAAACCGUACAAAAUAGACUCAAAGCAACCAUCUUUGCUAGGAGACUCCAAUAUUCAUGGACACACCGAAUCUAUGAUUUCUGCAGAACUGUAAAAUGCAUGACUUUUGUAAAUGUGGUAUACAGGAAAAACUAGAAAGCCGUAGAAAAGGUUUAAAUUCAAAUGUUUUUAUUAAAGUAAGGCUCUCACUUAGCAGACAUUGCAACAAGUAUCUUCUGUGAAGUUUAACUGUGUCUUACCAAGCAGGGUGGACACCAGCCAGGAAAAGAAAACGUCGUGGGAUUAGCACUCCACCAGGGGUACGUGGCAUGGCAUUGGAUCAGUACAUCUGAUUUCACGUACUGAAAACUGCAAACCAGUGAAGAAGAAAAGAAUCUCGUGACUAAAUAUCAAACCAAAAAGGAAAGUCAAAUGGUGCUUUGUGUAUUCACGUCCGUUCACCACGACUGGUCUCUCCCCAAAAUGUAUAUACCGUAGCAUUUGUCUACCUGCUGUCUUAUCUUCAGGACAAAUGUUCAGGAAUUAUGUUGAUUCAAUUUCGACUCUAUGCAUUCUUGUAUGGAAAUGAUAUUCAGAAUCAAUGAGGAAACUUUAGCAAAAUUUGAAAUCCCAGAUGGAAACGAGCCAUAAGACAAGUGUAAGAUCCCUUAGGGCCAUCUACACAGUGGGGCUUCUUUGGGAAGGUACAGAGUGCGGCUCUUUGUGAAUCUCCUCUGCUGAUCACCGAGGCCUUUUCCACAGUGUGUUUACACAAGCCCUCCAAAUCACAUAGGGCAUCAGACCAUAAGAAGGCUAGACGUGAUGCUGGAAUUGAUUAUUGGUUGAUAGUUCACUCCAUUGCAUUAGAGAUGAGGAACCCAAAGGAAGCACAGUCAGGAAAGUGGCCCCUCGACCUAGAUCAGCACCCAUGCGAGAGGAACAAGAGUCCCCACGGGGACAGCCUCACAGGAACUUCCCUGGAGCAAUAAGAUUGAAGAAUAGAGGUGUGGCUGCAGACCAGCUCAUUAGUGCUUACAACAGCCUGCAUAGUUGUCCCAGGUGUAGGGGGCUCACCAUCAGUGGACUCUGGGGAAGCAGGAAACCCUAUGAUACCAGUAUCAAGUUAAAGUCCAGUAUCAAGUUAAAGUUUCUCUCACCUUUUUUUUUAUCUGAUCUGGAAAUAUUCAUAGAUUUUUUAUUCCAGCACCAGGAGUUAUGACCAUAUAUUCAUAGCGUUAGUUGGAAUCCAAAGACUAUGAAUUCUAUUUUGUAAAAUAUUACAGUAUUUUUUUAAAAAACAGGUACUGGAUUCUCAUUUCAAAGAUGACCAUGAAUUGAAUUUUUGAAGCUGGUGAAUAGAAGCAAUAUAAUCAUUUUUGCCUUAGGAGGGAGCAUCAAAUGUGCAUUUCAUGCCACUUACCUGCUAGCCACCUUUGCCAAGUUUCGAAUUCUUAUGGGUUUUAAGUUCUAUAUAGAAAGGAAUGUUAUGUUAGAUUUUUCCCUUGUUAAAAAAUAACUCCUUUAUUCUAAGAACAAUGUCUCCAGGUCUCAUUUUUCAAAUUAUUUUAUAGCUAAAGAGACUUACAAAGAGACUUACAGGAUAUAAAAUAAUUCCUGGAAAUGAUAUUUGAUGAGGAGAAUGUAAAGCACAUUGAUGUUUCAUUUUUUAAAAAGAAAACAAAAAGAAAUGCAAUUAAGAUGAGAAAUCAAGGAAAUCUGUUUACCAAAUGUGUUGCAAUUUUCCUAAACACUGAAUCUUCAAACAAUGAACAUGGACUUAUCAGAACUGUGAACUCAAAAAAAAUUGGCUGUAUCCAGUUUUAUUGAAAGAUAAAUAUUUUUGUGGCAUAAGUAAGCUGGUUCAAGAGUUACAUUUCUUAACUUUAGGUAGAGGAGAAUAUUUGGAUCCUUUUGUUGCUAUGCAACUGUUUAAUGAUGGAGAUUCAAACCACAAUUUUGUAUAUCAUACGACAAUCAAUUGUUUUCCAAGAAUAUUUAUUUUAAGUAAACACGAUUUCAGUGAAUCUGAGUUUUUCUAGGAGUCCCUUAAAGGGAAAUUAGCAUUCCGUGAGCCAAUAAAAUAAGUACUCUGGAAAAACAUUACUAUGGUUAAAAAAUAAAUUCAAGUUAGUUUUUUAUAAAGAACUAUAACAUUUAUUUUAAACAUUUUAUAAUUACUGAAGUCAUUAAGGUGAGCAAACCAAAUUUCACAACCACUUGUAAUAAUGUAUUUUGUGAUAGCACUGUGAUACUACAUAACACAGUCCGUUUUGUAUUAAAAUGGUAUUUUUUUUCCACAAACUGAAAAAAUGCUUUGUUGACAAUGUUUUGUAAGAUGACUUUAUUUUCAGAUCUUUUUCUUUUUUUUCCUUUUUUUUUUUUUUGCACAAAACUAUGUUUAUGGUUUGUAUCACAGAAGUGAAAAUAUAUCUCUGCAUUUUUAUAUCCGGUCUGUUUCUUUGUUUCCUUUGUUUGUUUCUUUUGAACUCCAUAUAGAUUGUCUUCAAAUAUAUCAUGGCAAUAUUCAGAUAUCUUGCCCUCCCAUAUCUUUUCUUAUUUUCACUGCAUGCAUUUAAUCACUGUAUUACUUAAUGUUUGAUCUGUUGUUAUGGGCAUUUCAAGUAGACAAGCAUGGAUGUAAUGACAAAAAGGCUAUUUUAUAUUGAGGAUAUGUGCAUUUGUAUUUCACACACCAGCGAUGAUAUUAAACACUGAUUACUUUAUGCUGCUGUUUAUUAAAAAUGUUUACCAUUUAAUAUUAUUUCCUGAAAAUUGCUAUCAUGGAGGUAUUUGGGGAUUUUAAUAUUAUUUCUCCUAACUAUUGACAUUUCAUAAAAAAAGGAAUCAUACUUCUUAUUUACUGUAAUUCCUAUUUCAUUGAAAUGAUUUUUUAAAGUAGGCUUUUAAAAUAGAUUUGGGCAUUCUUUUGCCACAGACCACAGGUGGAAGGGAAAAACUCCCAGUGAUCUCAUGACCAUAAACUAUCCAACUAUAUAUGGCAAGAUUUUAGUUUUUAAAAUCAAAAUAAUAUAUUGAAUAAUUACUUUACAACCAAAUGGAAUGUAAAAAUUGGUUUUGAAAGUUGCAUCCUUUUCUGCCUUGUUUCCGUGUGAACUUAGACAUCAAAAAUCGUGUCUUUGAACUCUGAAGAAGAAAAAGCUGUGUACAUCUUAUCAUGUUCAACUUAGAUUCCAACCAUACUGAUAAAAUAAAAAGAAAUGUGGCCAUUUAA